UUAAGUUCCAUUUAUACAGUUGGAUGAUCAAUCAGACUCUGAAGCAGGAAGAACAUUACUUAUGGAGAUAGUGGUUCAAGGAGACAAAGGAAUGAUGUAAACUUCCUGAUUCUUAAAGGAGAGCUUACUUUAAAAAAAAACGAUGAUGGUGGGUUUCAAAUUGCCAUGGUAUUUAGAUUCCUUUGGAUAUGUUUUGUGUCAAUAUUUAUAAUUGCUGAAAAUUACCCUUUUAACUACGCAAACAUGUAGUGAAACGUUUUAGAUUGCAGUUUGAUGGGGAACGGGGCGUGGAGAGGGCGAGAGAAGCGCGUUUCCAGACCACUGGAGAGUGGCCAGUUUUGUAAGAGGAUCCUGUGGGAGGCUGCCAGCUUCGGUCAAAAGAACAAGAUUCCGUUCCAGUCUCCAUCUAUUGAAGUAUUUGAAACCGUGCACAAGAAACUCUUCCUGUCUCAGUUUAGCUCAUUUGUAAAACUGGGAGACUACUAACCUUGCUGGGUUGGUGCAAAAAAUAGAGAUGUAUGCAAAGCAUCUGGCACACCGUAAACAAGAACGAGAAGCGGUGUGCUUGUUGAGUGCUAUGCACAGGAGUCUAGACUUAAGGCAACGGGAAGAAGCAGUCACGUGUCCAAACUCCCUCGCCUCUGACCUCUCUUCCUGGUGGACGGUGUGGACCGGUCCUCUCGCCGCCCCGCCCGCCUUCCCUCGCGCGGCGCCGCCCCGGCCGCCCGGAGGCGCGGCAGCCCCAGGAACCCGGAUCCAGCCGGGACGCCUCUCUCGCCCCGCGGAGCCGGCGGAGCAGGAACCUCUGUGCAUUGGAGACCAUGGAUAAAUACGAUGUGAUUAAGGCCAUUGGGGAAGGUGCCUUUGGGAAAGCAUACUUGGCCAAAGGGAAAUCAGAUAGCAAGCACUGUGUUAUAAAAGAGAUCAAUUUUGCAAAGAUGCCCAUCCAAGAAAAAGAAGCUUCAAAGAAAGAAGUCAUUCUCCUGGCAAAGAUGAAACAUCCCAACAUUGUCACCUUCUUCAGUUCAUUUCAAGAGAACAACAGGCUGUUUAUUGUGAUGGAGUAUUGCGAUGGAGGGGAUCUUAUGAAAAGAAUCAAUAGACAACGAGGAGUGUUAUUUAGUGAAGAUCAGAUUCUGAGUUGGUUUGUACAGAUUUCCCUAGGACUAAAACAUAUCCAUGACAGGAAGAUCUUACACAGGGACAUAAAAGCACAGAACAUAUUUCUUAGCAAGAAUGGAAUGGUUGCAAAGCUUGGGGACUUUGGAAUAGCAAGAGUCCUGAACAAUUCCAUGGAACUUGCUCGAACUUGUGUUGGAACACCUUACUACCUGUCUCCGGAGAUCUGUCAGAAUAAACCCUACAACAAUAAAACGGAUAUUUGGUCUCUUGGCUGUGUCUUGUAUGAGCUCUGCACACUCAGGCAUCCUUUUGAGGGUAACAACUUACACCAGCUGGUUCUGAAGAUUUGUCAAGCACACUUUCCCCCAAUAUCUCCAAGGUUUUCCCGUGACCUGCAGUCCUUGAUAUCUCAGCUCUUCAAAGUGUCUCCCCGAGAUCGGCCAUCUAUUAAUACCAUUUUGAAAAGGCCCUUUUUAGAGAAUCUUAUUGCCAAAUUCUUGACUCCUGAGGUCAUUCAGCAAGAAUUCAGUCACACCCUCAUAUGUGGAGCAAGAUCGCCAGCUUCCCGACCUGCUGGGAAGAUGGUCCAGGAUUCUAAAAUACAGAAAGUGAGAUUCCAAGGAAAGUGCCUGCCAAGAUCAAGGAUAUCGGAGCCGAUUAAAAGGAAGCAAGUACUACAUAGAAAUGAAUGGAGACCACCGGCUGGAAACCAGAAGCCCGUGUCUAUAAAAAGGGUAGAAAGGCCCAAACUCGCUGCAGUGUGUGGACAUUACGAUUUUUAUUAUGCUCAGCUUGACUUGUUGAGAAAGAGAGCUCAGGAACCAAAUUACCACCAUGUUCCUCAAAAAAAUACCAGAGUGGAGGAGAAUUAUAGCCAGGAAGAAAGUCACAGCCCACCACCAAAUCAAUGGCCUGCUGAAUACCUUCAGAGGAAACUUGAAGCUCAGCAAUAUAAGUUGAAAGUGGAAAAGCAGUUGGGCCUCCGUCCAUCUUCUGCUGAGCCAAAUCACAACCAGAGACAAACUCUAAGAAGUAACGGAGAAGAGCCCAGAUUCCAGGAGCUGCAGUUCAGGAGAAACGAAAUGAAGGAACAGGAAUAUUGGAAGCAGUUAGAGGAAAUACGCCAACAGUACCACAAUGACAUGAAGGAAAUUAGAAAGAAGAUAGGGAGUGAACCGGAGGAGGACUCAAAAAUAAAUCAUAAAACCUAUUUGGUGAAGAAGAGUAAGCUGCCCGCCCACCAAGGGGCACCUGAGGCAGAAGCGCCUGUGCAGGAUAUUGAAAGAAACUUGAAACAAAUUAGACUUCAGAACAUAAAGGAAAGUAAAAUUCCAGAACGAAAAUAUAAAGCUAAGAAAGGGGUAAAGUUUGAAAUUAAUUUAGACAAAUGUAUUUGUGAUGAAAAGAUCCUCCAAGAGGAAGAGGCAAUGGAUAUACUAAAUGAAACUUUGACCUUUGAGGACGGCCUGAGGUUUAAGGAAUGUAAAUAUGUAAAGGAGCAUGAAGAUUACACAGACAAAGCAUUUGAAAAACUCUGUUGCCCAGAAGCAGAGUUGUUCAUUCAGGACGCUGCUGCUGCAGAAAACAGGACGCAGUGGGAUGCUGGAGCUCCGCAGACUGUGCUGCAAAGGAUGGCCGCGGCCGAUGCCACCUCCACCUGCUCCGCCAUGCCUGAGGGCUCCUCUUUAGAUGGCCAAGUGAUUGUGAUUGAAGGCGUGCCAGAAAAUAGGAAACAGUGGCGGCGUGAAGCACCAGGAACCUUAAUGAGAGUUUUGGCAGCAGCACAUCUAACAAGUAGCUCGUUUUCUGCCGACGAGGGAGAAUUCGAGGCUUGCCUGUGUUCUCGGGCUCUCCGCCCACGAAGAGCCUUUCAUCCACCCACGCACGUGACAAAAAGGAGACAGCCAAGCUGCACGCCAGCCUCAAGGCUGUCUGCCAAGCGGCAAAAGAUUAAAGAAAGCCGGAAGACAGAUGUGCUGUGCCCACACGAAGAAGAGGAUUGUCGGGCUGCCUGUGCUGCAAAAAUACACCGACAACAGGGAGAAACCAUCCGGGAAGAGACGGUGCAAAACUGAGCCUUAGAUCCCUCCGGAGCCCAGGCGGGGCUUGUCGCCGACAGGGGGCUACUACGCAGAGCAUGCUGAUGGCAUGGUGACCGUCCGGAGACUCAGAAAGCGGCCGGAGCCCAGUCCCACUACGAUUCGACCGCUGGCCACAGUUCCCACCAGCUUCCCUCCCAGUCCUCGCAGCUGCCCUGCUCCGGGGACCAGCCAGCAGCGCCCAGCGCAGCGAGCAGCGCGGAGGCCUGUUGUCAACACGAAGGCGGGGGGCCGCGGGCGGGCUCUGAGGAAACCUUCUGGGACCCCCGGAGAACCAGACC